CUUUUUUUAACUUGAAGCCAAACCAAAACCAAAAAACCAAGCACAGAAAACGUUUUCUGUUCUGUACAUCGAAUAAAAAGUCGUAAAGCUGUAAUAUUACCCAUUCCACAAAAUCUUGUUUUUCUUAUUAUUUGCAUUAAUUCGAAGUGAUUAUGCAAAAGUGGCGAAAAAAAGGUGGUGAUAAAUAUAAUAACAAUCUUAAUUAUAGAAGAAAGCCACCUCUUGAUAUGGCUGCAAAUCAAGGAGCUGUUCCCUAUUGGGAGAAACGAUUUGUCUCUUCAGUUGGAUCGCUAUCAUGGGACCACUUCUUGGAAGCUCGGAAAUUUACCCAUAUCUACCCCGAAAUACUAAGCUGGGACGACACUGCAGGAGAGAGAGCAUUUCGGAUUGCAAAGGAUAGAUUCUAUGCAAAGUUUUAUGGUCAUCCUUGUGAUGUUGAACAGCAAAAUCCAGAUUUGUACAUUGAUGAAAUAGACUGGAAUGCUGAAGUGGAUUAUAAUCUUAUGCUGGACUUUGAUGCUGAACCUGUGGUUCCUGAUAUCGAUAACAAUCAUGAACCAGUUUUGGUUUUUGGGAAUGUGCUGCCUGACCCAUAUAAAGAUUACUCACCGUAUGGUUGGGGAGAUAGUGAUGACAAGAUUAACAACUCUAAUGACAUAAAUAAAGACCAAAGUGGUACUAAAAACUGGGAUGAUUAUAUCGAAAAUGGGAGGAUUAACUGGGAUUCUUGGGACGUUGGAGAUGCUAAUAAAUUAUGGUGGGACUGGGAUGAAAUCGAUAAUAAAGCAGUAGGUAAAGGCUGCAACGGAUAUGUAAAUGACAAUGAUUAUCAUCCUACUUAUGGAGAUGUGCAUAAUGAGAGCUACAUGUCAAGUCAUAAAACGGGUAGCUUUCAUGGGAAUAACAGUCGGUACAAUCGUUCUUGGAGAAAUAACGGAAAUUGGAGAAAGACCACCGGUCGAACCUAUGGGAGUCAACAUGGUUAUUGGUCAUCUUUUCAAGCACGUGGAAGUCAACGUAUUCAUGUGCGGCCGUGAGCCCCAGAUUUCGUCAAGUGCAUGAUGCAUAGAGAACCCUGUUUGUUAUAUAAUAUUGAAUACUGGUUAUUUUUUUGCUGGUCUGUGUUGUAGAGUAGUAAAUUUUCUGAGGUUGGUUUUUGUGAAUGAUGUGAGUCCUCUUUGGACAUUUUGGGUAAGUAAUGAAUGUUGGAAGUUAUUUCUUUUGUAGUA